UUUUUUUUCCCCAACGUAGGAGAAGAAAUGCCGGCAUCCUGCCCAGUCUGGAGGAUUUGCUUUUCUACACAGUCGCCGAAGGUCAAGAAACUAUUCCGGUGCAUAAAUUCCUCACGGCUCUUAAAACCACAGGACUUCGCACUGGAGAUCCCAGACUCAAGGAAUGUAUGGAAACACUCAAAGAAACCUUAAAGACCACUCCGGACGGCGUCACGUUGGACAGGCACCAGUUCAAGAAGUGUGUCCAGAGCAACAUUGUCCUGCUCACGCAGGCCUUCCGCAAGAAGUUCGUCAUCCCCGACUUCCAGUCCUUCUCUUCCCGCAUUGAUGAGCUAUACGAGAGUGCCAAAUCGCUCUCUGAAGGGCAGGUCGCCGACUACAUUCCUCAACUGGCCAAGUUCAGUCCGGACAUGUGGGCCGUCUCUCUGUGCACAGUGGAUGGCCAGAGGCACACAGUGGGCGACACCAAGGUGCCCUUCUGUCUGCAGUCAUGCGUCAAGCCUCUCAAGUACGCCGUCGCCGUGCACGACCACGGCACCGAGUAUGUGCACAGUUUCAUCGGGAAGGAGCCCAGCGGGCUGCGCUUUAACAAGCUCUUUCUGGAUGAAGACGAUAAGCCCCACAAUCCCAUGGUGAACGCUGGCGCUAUUGUUUGUACUUCCCUGAUAAAGCAAGGUGAAGGUAACGCGGAAAAAUUUGACUAUGUCAUGAACUUCUUGAAGGACAUGGCGGGAAACGAGUAUGUCGGUUUCAGCAACGCCACAUUCCAGUCUGAGCGCGAGUCAGGAGACAGGAACUUUGCCAUCGGCUACUACUUGAAAGAAAAAAAGUGUUUUCCUGAGGGGACAGACAUGACGUCUGUGCUGGACCUCUACUUUCAGCUGUGCUCCAUCGAGGUGAACUGCGAGAGCGCCAGCGUGAUGGCCGCCACGCUGGCCAACGGCGGCAUCUGCCCCAUCUCGGGCGAGCGCGUUCUCAGCCCCGAGGCCGUCAGGGACACCCUGAGCCUCAUGCACUCCUGCGGCAUGUACGAUUUCUCCGGACAGUUUGCCUUUCAUGUGGGUCUGCCGGCCAAGUCGGGCGUGUCGGGGGGCAUCCUGCUGGUGGUGCCCAACGUGAUGGGCAUUAUGUGCUGGUCGCCGCCCUUGGACAAACUCGGCAACUCGGUCAGAGGGAUUCAGUUCUGCACGGACCUGGUGGAACUUUUUAAUUUCCACAACUACGACAACUUGAGGCACUUUGCAAAGAAGCUCGAUCCUCGCCGGGAGGGAGGAGAACAGCGGGUCAAGUCUGUCAUUAACUUGCUGUUUGCCGCCUACACAGGAGACGUCUCUGCACUGAGGAGGUUUGCCUUGUCGUCCAUGGACAUGGAGCAGAGGGACUACGACUCCAGAACGGCCUUGCACGUAGCUGCGGCUGAGGGUCACACGGAGGUGGCGCGUUUCCUGCUGGAGGCCUGUAAGGUCAACCCGGUCCCCAGAGACAGGUGGGGGAACACGCCGAUGGACGAGGCCGUGCACUUCGGCCACCACGAUGUGGUGGCCAUCUUGCAGCCGCACGCCGACAAACAUCGGGCGGCCGACGCCUCGGGCGACGCCGAGAGCGCAGAGAAGAGCUUGGACAGUCUGCUGUAGAAGCGGCCGCCACUGCCGCCGCCGCCGUCGUCUUUUGUAUCCCCAUCGGAUCUUCAGUCUGAAAAGUCGCGCUUCGAACCCCAAUAGCUUCGUUUAUCAUCUCGAAUUAUCUCAGUGGAAAUUGCUCUCUCUGUGUUCUUUGGGGAGUCUUGUGCAUUCUCUGAUUGUGGCCGUUGCCGUGCGUGGAAAUGGAACCGUGCCCGAAAUUGUUGUCGCGCUGAAUAUUUGCCGAGAGCGUUUCUUGGACUUCUGCCGUUGGACGAGCGCAACCGCCUGUCUCCGUUUUUAGAGUGUUCAAACUAUUUAUCAACUCACACGAAGAUGAAUGUAUUUGAAGCAGAUUUUUCGGGAUGACCCGAAGAGCUCUUUUCCAAAAUGCCCAAAAUAAAUAUAUAAAUACACACACACACACACA